AUGGCAGAGGCUGGCCUCAAGAUCGUCUUCCAGGGGGACCCAGACCAGGAGGAACAGGGCAUUGGCUUAAGUGCCCGAGAACGACGCGCUCAUGCUGCUCGAAUUGGUCACCUGAAAUCGGCGCAAAGGGCCAACAAGACUGCGAACAAGAAUCAGCCUACCAAACGCCCUACCCGAUAUUCACUUCCAGAAACACAAGCCCUUUACAGACUGAACGUACGAAAGCAAGACCCAGCAGGUAGCUCCAAUGCGAGCUCCAAGUCUUCCAGCAGCUCGAGCUCGAGCUCGAGCUCGUCCGACGAAGAAAGAGAGCUGACGCCCCCCUCGCCGCUGGUGCUCAAUGGUAACUCGGACCCCUUCGCCAUGCUCCCGAUCGUCAUCACGCCGCUGGUGAAUCAGUGUUUGACGUUCAUGCGCGAGGCGCUGUACCCGAGCAUCUACUACAACACCUUCUUCCGUCGCCUCUAUGGCACCGCCCACGGGCCGAUCAACGUGCUCCAAGACAGCACCUGGUUGCCCGCGCAGACCGCGCGACAAGACUGGGGCACGGCGGCAAACAGCCUAAACUCUGAAGGGCAGGCCAUGGCCUGUAUCGCGAGCUUCCUCAGCAACAUGGCGCCUCUGCUGCCGGAGGAAGGCCGACUCAAAGUCGGCCGCGAAGCUCUGAUCUACACCACCAAGAGCUCACACUUGUUGCGAAUAUCUCUGGACAAGCUACCCAGCACUGACGGCAAAAGUGCCCUGCUCCGAGACUCGAGCCUCAUCAGACACGUCUUCUGGUUGUUCCGCGCCGCCGUCUUCUCAGAAAACAAAUCCUCAGUCGCAGUGCACGGCAAGGUCCUGGCUCAAAGCAUCAUGCAAGGGUUCAACGACGGUUUUGUUGACCACUUGACCAUCAUCCAAGCCAUCAACGCCGAUUGCGACGAUGCGACCAAGUUUAUGCGCCGCACCUAUUUCGAUCCAGACUGGUACCGAACGAUCGUCGAGCCAAUCUGGACCAUGGCCGAACACAUCCUCCCGCCGAUCCCCGAGGCCGUCUUUGUCAACAUCAAUCCGGCAAUCGAGUUACCUGAGCUGCGCGAGAUAUUCAUCAAUUCGCUCCACCAGGCCGCGUACUGCGAGGACGGACUGCAAGUGGCCGACGAGGCGUGGGGCCCCGUGGAGCACCGCCAGCUGGCGUUCGCCUGGUUCGCCACGCAGAGCGAGUACACCAUGUCGAAACUGCUCCAGAUCUACUUUGACUACCGCGGGGGGAAUCGUUCGUCACCUCAUGACGGAGGGACGCAGCAAGUGCUCGCACCGGGCCAGCGUCUGACACAGAUUGGCCUGGCGCUGGGGCUCCUGUACUACGUGCGCAUCCUGGGCCACGAGACAAAGAUCAACGGCCAGGACAUUCGCGACUCGUCCCCGGAGAUCAUACGACAUUUGAGAGCCGUGAUGCGGCAGGUCGCGAUGGUGGCCACCGACGACGAGCGGCGGCGGUACGGCGAGGCGCACGCGUGGCUGUACUUCCUGGGGGCCUUUGAAGAAGAACGAAAGGGCAUGUCGCCGAAAGUGACUUGGUUUCAGCGCCGUCUCGCCGAACACGUCAAUAUCUCUAAGGAGAGGGGCUGGAACGCAUCAUCCGGCUGGAAACAUUACCGCCCCAUCUUCCGCACGUUCCUCUAUACCAACUGGGCUUACCCGAGCGGGUCGACUUGGUUCGAUCGAGUCAUCACCACAUACACAAGCCCGGUAACACGAGAAAUUCGCUAA